GGGAAGGGGAGUCCUAAACCAUAGCUGAGCUCAUAUAAAUGCCAGUGAUUACCAGACCAGGUCCUCAAAUCAGAACCAUCAUAUUAGUGGAGAAGUACAGAGACGACCAUUAACAGGACCAUUUCAUAUCUGAACAUCAUUGACAAUGGGCAUCUUCAACAAAGUACCAUUGCAAUUUUUUGCUUCCCUUGUUCUUAUUUCUUCAGUGUUAAACGUAUGGAGAGGCACUGAAGGCUGGUCAUACCAUUACUCAACAAUCACUAUGAACUGGGAAUCUGCCAGACACUGGUGCAGGCAGCAUUACACCGACAUGGUAGCCAUCCAGAACAAAGAUGAGAUUGAUCACCUCAACAGUAUCCUUCCAAAAGUCAAUGGAUAUUACUGGAUAGGCAUUCGUAAAAUUAAUGGCAUUUGGACCUGGGUGGGAACUAAUAAGAUGCUUACCAAGGAAGCUGAGAACUGGGCAGAUAUGGAGCCCAAUAAUGGAAGGAAUAAUGAAGACUGUGUGGAAAUAUACAUUAAAAGAGUGCCAGAUGAAGGCAAAUGGAAUGAUGAAUCCUGCUUAAAGAAGAAGACUGCACUGUGCUACACGGCAUCCUGCAAAGACGACUCCUGUGUCAGUGGUCAAGGAAAGUGUGUUGAAACCAUAAACAGCCAUAAAUGCUCAUGCUUUGGGGGUUUCUAUGGAGACCGAUGUGAACAUGUUAUAAAAUGCAAACCGGAGGACGUCACCCCACCAGAUCAUGCUAUUAUCCAGUGCUCCCAUCCUCAUGAAGACUUCUCACAUGACUCUGAGUGUGAAUAUUUUUGUGAGGAGGGUUAUGAACUAAAGGGUUUCAGAACGACAAGAUGCACUUCUACCACAGAGUGGUCAAGCAAACCACCAACCUGUGAACUUGUUCAAUGUCCAGAGCUGACCAAACCACAGGAAGGCCGAAUGCAGUGUCACCAUCCAAUGGGCAUCUUUAGCUACCAAUCCACCUGUGAGUUUUUAUGUGUAGAAGGAUACACACUGCGAGACUCCAGCUCCUCUACACUGUUCUGUGGGGCAAAAGGACGCUGGAACGAUUCACAACCCACUUGUGAAAUUAUAACAUGCAAACCAGAGAACGUCACCCCACCAGAUCAUGCUAGCGUCCAGUGCUCUAAUCCUCAUGAAGACUUCUCAUAUGACUCUCAGUGUGAAUAUUUUUGUGAGGAGGGUUAUGAACUAAAGGGUUCCAGAACGACAAGAUGCACUUCUACCACAGAGUGGUCAAACAAACCACCAACCUGUGAACUUAUUCACUGCCCAGCCCUUGACAGUCCUGUAAAUGGAGAGCUGAGUUGCACUUCCAGCUUUAAUUAUGGGAGCAAAUGCAGCUUCAGCUGUGUUGAAGGAUUCCGACUCCAGGGAGCUUCAGAGAUCAGCUGUACAAAAACAGCAAGGUGGAGUCAGGAACCACCUAGCUGUGAAGCAAUGGUCUGCCCACAACUUCCUGAGCCAAUCAACGGGCAUAUGAAUUGCUCAUCUGAAGAACCCACUUUUGGCACCGUCUGCAUCUUCAUCUGUCAUGAAGGCCACCAACUUGAAGACCACAGUAACGAGAUGGUGAUGUGCAACUACAAUGGGAGCUGGUCAGGGGAAUUGGCAGUGUGUCAAGCAGAUCCCUCUGUAUCACUCUUCAAAGUGACAGAAGUGACUCUUGGGGUUGCAGGCGCUAUCAGUGGCUCCAGUCUGGGCUUAGUCCUCUGGAUACUGAAGAGACUGAGGAGAAAAGCUAACAAAUUUGACCUGAACAGUACCUCGGAUACUGAGGAUCCACCACAGAUUUAUAAGAACAGUGUUGACAGUCUCAUAUAGACCAAAAUAGCUUCAAAUAGCUUACAGCAUAUACGAACACACAACUGCCUUGCUGGACAUAAAAAUGAAUGUCAUCACAAAUGAUUUGAGACACUUGGAUAUUUUUAAACUCUGAGGGGCAUUAUCAGUUACUAGACAACAGUAACUGAAUGUGAUUUCUACUUCCCAAUGGAAGCUUUAAUUAUUUACUUGACUGAACAUAUUGUUCUGUACUGUUUGAAUGUCCUAUUUUAUGUUAUUAAUAUACACAUUUUUUUGUACUAUUUAUUGUUCCAAAACCGUAUUGGUCCUAUUAAACUAUUUUAACAUGUAAACCAAUAAAGUGUGACAUUUAUGACAUCAUGACUUGGUGUUUGAAUGCAUUUUCCACUUUCAGAUGAGCA